AUGAGUUGCAUCGUGUGGAACUGUAGGGGGCUCGGGAACCAACUGGCAGUUCAAGAACUUGCGGAGGUAGUGACCGCAAAAGCUCCCACUGUCGUGUUCUUGGCCGAAACACUGGCAGAUGAAGCUAGGCUUGAUUUCGUAAAAGACCGGAUCCGUUUUGACAAAAAAUUUGUUGUUCAAAGGGUUAACAGAGGUGGAGGUUUGGUUCUUUAUUGGAAGAAUGACUUGUUAAUUGAUGUUGUUUCUUCUUCUUUGAAUCAUAUAGACGUUAUCAUCAACAAGGACACAGAGGAAGCAUGGCGUUUUACCGGAUUCUACGGCGAACCGGAAACUCACAAACGGCAGGAAACAUGGGAGCUACUCCGCUAUCUUCAUAGCCAAAACUCACUGCCUUGGCUAUGCGCCGGGGAUUUCAAUGAGAUCCUAAAGCAGAGUGAGAAGCUAGGGGGGCGAACUAGACCACCAGGACAGAUGCAGCUCUUCCGUGACACACUAGAUGAAUGCGGACUGAUGGACAUUGGCUUUAAGGGUUCUCCCUUUACAUGGAGUAAACUUUGCAACAACGGAAUUUCGAUUUGGGAGAGGUUAGAUAGAGCUGUGGUGUCUUAUGAAUGGUUCUCCAAACACCCAGGUACUCAAGUUCAUCAUAUUGACAGCACAACUUCAGACCAUAAAAUUCUUUGGAUUGAGCAGUCGGUCUUGGAUUGCUCACCGAGGAAAAAGCUCUUCCGAUUCGAGGAAAUGUGGCUAGAUGAUAAGGGAUGUGGCGAAACAGUGGAAGGGGUAUGGCAAAUUAACUAUGAAGAGGCAGGAAACACUAGGGUGAUCCGAAAGGUUGAGAAAUGUGGGACGGCACUGACAAAUUGGAGCAAGGAUAGCUUCGGUAAUGUAAGAAAGCAAUUGGAAAAAAAAAAAAGAAGAGAACUAAUGAAGGCAGAAAAAGUGGUCCUCCAGGGUGGAAAUUCAAGCAAAUUAAUUGAGCUAAAGAAAGAGAUCAAUUCUUUAAUGGGUAAAGAGGAAAGAAUGUGGCGACAGAGGUCACGCACCUUGCACAUCAAAGAUGGUGAUCGAAACACUUGA